CCAGUUCUCACGGUCAGAUCACUGUAAAAUGUCUCGAUUAUCCUAUCACUAUGACUCAGUGAUAAGAAAUGAGUUUUUCCACGCAUCCGCAACUAUUUCAGGAGCAGUGCAGGCACUAAUGAUCGUAGAAGCUAUACAGACGGCACAGCUACACAUCCAUUAGGGGAAAGCGAGAGAAAGAGGAAGGAAAAGGAAGGCACGGGAUAUAGAGUGCCAUAAAACAGUCAGGUGGAGGGACCACUGAUCUGGUACGGGGGCAGAGGCCACGCAGAAAUUUUUAUAAAUAUAGGUAAGAUAGGAUUGAGAACUAGGAAAUAAGGAAGAAACGCAGAGGAAGUCAACCAAAAAGAGAUCCGCGACAAGAAAUAAGGAACACCCUCGAAAAGGAGGAUAGGAAUAGAAAAGAAUCGAGAAGGAACAAUCGGGAUCAAGAUCAUGGAAUGCACGGAAACUAAUAGACGGGCAACAAAAACGAUCGUGGCCCUGUUACCACAGAAUUAUCCGAUGGACCAACUGAAACCGCAGGACAUCCCGUCCUAUCAGAAAGCCCUACGACAAGUGAUCAAGAAGACGGAUGAGCAGCGAAUAGAUACACCCCCUGAAUUCUUAAAUCAUCAGAUAAAGAACGGUGGCAUGAUCGUUACAUGUGCCGGCGAUUACGACUCGUGGUGGCUCGGUAGACAUAUCGACGAAGUGAAGUUCAAAUAUAAACUCAAGGUAGACAGUCCGAUCGCUUUGGAAGAUAAAUUUCUAGUAGACGGUGAAGUUACCAAUUUAGAAAAUACCGGAGAUAAUAUUUUGCAUAAAAUCAGGAAUUUCAACCCGGACAUCAAGUUAACAGGUUGGAAAAUUAUUAAUGAAGAAAUGAACUAUGAAAAAAUGACGAGAAUUAUUACAUUCGAAAUGCCUAAUCGAUCGAUUAAAUGCUUGAGACGACUAAAAAACAGACUUCGCCUAGACGAAUAUGGGGUUGAUGGAAUUAACUUUGGUACAAUUCGUCCGGUAAUGAAAACCCAAUCGCCAUACGAAAGGUUAGAACCAUCGGGAAGCUCCCAGCAGGAAACAAUAUUUUCGAACACGCCGGACGAUAACGCGAAACCUAGUACGAGUGCUAAAAGAGAUAUCAUAGAUUCUGCACAAGCUAUUAAGCGGAGAAAAAUUAAUGAAUUCAUCGAGGAAGGAUUCGUGGACAAAUCAGACCAAGAGAAAAGGGAAAUCCUUAAAACAGUGCUCUAUGAUUUUAUUAAUGAAGGACUGGAAAAAGAAGAUAGUAAAAUGAGAAAAAAAAAUAGAUAAGAUAGAACGAAACGGAAGUUGUGUGCCACCUCCAUCGCAGUGAUUUAAUAUUAUUAAGUUCAAAAGUUUAUUGUUGAAUAAUUUAUCGAUAUUAAUUGAGUCCAUACAUAUAACGAUAAUUACACAUUUGUUUUCAUAUUCGCGUAUAUAACAUAUACAGAUAUAUCUGUUACUCUUGGAUAUUGUAUUCAUUUAUAGCUAAUAAAUUAUCAUAUUUACUUU